AUGACUUUCCACUCACCCUAUGAGAGGAACAAAGGAGCUAGGUGUUUAUCCAACACACGUUAUUUCUCCUAUUCCAGCCCUGACUCGGUCAACCCCGAAGACUUCACCUGCCAAAUUGAUCCCCUUCUUCAACAUAUGGCACCCUAUCCCAGCCACGAAGGUACCUACUGUGGCACCAACAGCAUGCAGAGGUAUCUGCAAGAGCCUCAGAGCAGCUACCUCAUCGCUUCAUCAUACGUUGAUAUCCCAGGCACUCAAUAUACCGGGAUUUACCCUAAUAUGGGUGGUCCUGCUCAUCAAAAUUCACAAGUCCGUCCGGGCUCUCCAAUGUCCUACCAACCAUCAUCAGCUGCGAGUGGACCACACAGUCCCAAUUGGACAGAUAAUGAUGCACAUGUCAGCACUCUAGGCCCUUCUACGCCGUCCGAUGUUGCAGUCUUGUCUCCGAACAUUGUUGGUUCAGGCUCUCUGUCACCUAGUGUCUCCCUUUACGGACUAUCAAGUGGUCCGCAAGGAUGUGUGGACCCGGCUAUCAUUGAACCAAGUCAACCCUUUUCUGGAAUCAGAGAGGAGCAAGAGAUCAAUGCUUUCACCCUCGACAUGAAUGCUGAGUUUGACGGCGCCACUCCCAAUUCCAUCUACCAAGGUGAUGGCUCGAGUUCUCCAUCGACUUUCGACCCUUUACCUCAAGAGUUAUAUCCUCAACCCGAUACGAAGACGGCCUACCCUGAUCCUGACGACACGGAUCUGGACGUAAAUCUCGAAAACGAAGCUGAGACUAUCCAUGGCGACGAUGGUGACGAUGAAUACAGACCCAACUGUAGAACCAAGUCACCUCGAAAUGCCAAAGGUGGCAGUCGGCGGGCCCGCACCAGACGACUAAGUUCCAGCACCAAUGCUAGCAGAGGAAAGGUUACCAAAUCACGGCCUAUUGCCCACGGUACCCCAGCGCGGAAAUUACUCUCCUCAUGUGAAAGCAUAUUGUGCAUACAUUGCCAGAAAGUGUUCAACGACGACGUAUCAUUGCAGAAACACAUCAAUGCCAUGCAUACUCGCCCUUUCAUCUGCGUCUUCCAUUUUGCGGGCUGUAACCACGCUUUUGCAAACAAGAAUGAAUGGAAAAGACAUGUUUCGGCUCAGCAUUUGAACCUACACUACUGGCUUUGUACAACUGGUGCCUGCGGAUAUCCUUCAACCCCACUGAAAGGUGUUUUGGGCACCGCUACGCAUUGCAGGGUCUUUAAAAGAAAAGACCUCUAUACACAACACAUACGCCGUAUGCACGCACCUGAAGAGGUUGCCAAGGCUGACAAGAAAAACAAGACCUUCCCUCCUGAGUGGUUAGCUCAAGAGAAGAAGUUACAGGAGGAAGCAUUCCGGCAGCGUUGCAAAUUGCCAGACUACAUGGAUUGCCCAGCUAAGGGCUGCACAACAGUCUUCAAUAACGGCCAUAAGACUUGGGAUGAUCGAAUGGAGCAUGUCGCUGUUCACCUUGAGCGUGCCUCAAAGAAUGAGGAGCCACAUGUCGUAUUCGGGGGUACAAACGACGAGGCUCUCACGGAAUGGGCUUCUCACCCCAACGUUCGUGUCAUUGUGUCCACUAGCGGAGGUUGGGAGACAUGUCAACCGCUCAAGGCGGCUAAGACAGAGUUAUCAAGGCUAACCAGCGUUCAUGACGAGGGCCUGGAUGAGGACGCAGAAGGUGAGGAAUGCUAG